UAAUAAUCCAUGUACAAACAUGUCACCACUCACCCAUGAAAUAUGUUCAUUUCUUUCAGACAUCUUUGGCACUUUAGCUCAAAGUUACGUCUCCGAUAUUUAUUAAUAAUCAAUCGAUAUUUAGUUGACGGUUAUCUGUCUCUAUGAACUAUAGAUAGCCUGGCCUUCAAAGAAAUCAUUUGUCCUGGUUUUGUACCAAGUGUACUGCAGUACAUUUCAGAGUUAGAUAACUCUACCAGCGACAGUGUUGAGUGCAGCAACUGGGACUGAAACAGGUCAGGGGGGAAGUCAUGAUGUAACUAUAAGCUGGCAAGUGACCGACAUGAAGUCCUGCCAGCAGUGUUUCAGGCACCAGAACAAAGUGACAGUCAUGAAGGACAAGGAUACACGGCGGAGUAAGGGCGUGGCUUUUGUGCUGUACCUCGAACGGGAUGCAGCUCACAAAGCGGUCCGCUCUCUCAACAAGUCUCAGAUGUUUGGGAGAACAAUCAAAUGCAGUAUUGCGAAAGACAAUGGCAGAACGACUGAGUUCAUCAAGAAAAAGACGUACAAAGAUAAAUCACGGUGCUAUGAAUGUGGGGAUGAGGGACACUUGAGCUAUCAAUGCCCAAAGAACCUGCUGGGAGAUCGGGAGCCUCCGGAGAAGAAAAAGAAGAAACAGAAUGAUGAAGAUGAGGAGGAUGAAAAAGAUUCUGACAAGGAAGAAGAUCAGACUCAAGACAGUCUAUCAGCAGCUAUUCGCUACCAGCAACAGAAGCACUACGAGGAGUCUGGGCAGUAUCCUCUUCCCUUCCUAGAUGGUGACCAAGAUGAACCCAAGAGGAAGAAGUAUAAGAAGGAUUCCUACUUCAGUGACGAGGAAGAACUUAGUGACAAUGACUGAAGAUAAGAAUAAAGGAUAUUCCAAUGAAUUCUGCUACCAUGAUCAUGAAUACACCGAAUGUGUUCUGAUUAAUAAUGACCAACACAGCAUGCUCCUGACAUCUUGGGCAGCCAAUAUACAGUGUAUAGAGUCUAGGCUUGGCUGCAGGGGUAGAUUUACCCACUAGUCCAAGAUUAGCGAAAAUCUGGAUGUACUUGUUGUUUUCUCCCAAAAUGUUGUUACGCCACAUAAACAAUGUAUGUGAAAUUAUCUGUGGACUUGAGGUAUGACAAAUGGUGUCUCCCCCGUGACUGUUGAGAUGUCAGUCGAGAUUGAUGUCCUAAAAAAGUCCAGACCCAGCUUGUCUUUUGGUAAUGUCUUCCCAUUAAUGACUUUAACAGUCGCCAAGCACAGAGUUUCUUUUCCGAAAUCAACAACAAAUCAGAAUGCAUCUUCUGAAUGUGUGAUUGGUGUAGAAAAACAUUCAAAAUAGUGGCCUUGUUGUCUUAGCAAGUCACUGAUGUAUGUUAAGUCAAGGAAAAAAAGGUAUCAGAAAUGAUCUUUCAGCUGAGCAGUAUGACCUCAAUUUACAAGAGGACUUGCAGGUUGUAUGUGAGAUGACAUCCUGAAGUGGAGUAAAUCGGAGCUGCGUAGAGGGUAUCUUGCCGCUUUUUUCACUGAUGAAUGAAUGUUCAGUGUUAAUUGUUUUGGUGUCUGUUUAUUAUGGCGAAGGUCCAUUGUAUUCAUUGUAUUGGAAUUGAGAUUCAAUACACUGGGUAAUGGCGGAUGUCCUCUGCUCCAACUGUCUGUGUGUUGUUAUCGCCAUUGCUGGUGUUGUGUUAUGUUUGCUUUGGUCGAAAUUGAGGAAAACAAUUUGGCCCCCAUAUGUAACCAGUUUAGCAAGACCACCUAUCUCAAAUGGGUCUUAACUCACAUUUUGUGGUUUUGCAGAAAUUCAGUCAUUUUGAAAAUGAAAGUCAUGAAUAAAAGUCCGAACUAUUUUUGA